UCGCCAACAGCUGAUGGAACAACACACAUAAAAAGUCGAAGGAAAAAACAAAAAGAAUUUUUUUUGUGGCAAAAGAAGUAAAAGCGCAUAAUAUAGUAUACGCAAAUAAUAAUGGAUGAGCACCAGCAGCAGCAGCUAUAGAAAGAAGAAACACCUCUCGCAGGAUUACUAUACCACCGCAGUAACGCAGUAGAGAACAAAAACAUUGGAUAUUUGCACAAUAAAUUUACAUCGGAAAUUGUUGGGAAAAUCGAGAUUGUUUGACGACGGGAGAAAAAAUCCGUGUGUGUGGCGUUUGUUAUAGAAAAAUCUAUACUCGGUCGAAGACGACAAAAUGGAUAAGAAAGGUGGUUCGUCGGAACCACGUAUACUGAAAAAGAAGCAUUUUCGGGUGAAACACCAAAAGGUGAAGCUAUUCCGUGCAAAUGAGCCCAUUCUUAGCGUUUUGAUGUGGGGCAUAGAUCAUACGAUCAACGAGCUGAGCCAUGUGAAUAUACCUGUGAUGCUGUUGCCGGACGACUUCCGUGCUUAUUCUAAGAUAAAAGUCGAUAAUCAUUUGUUCAAUAAGGAAAAUAUGCCCUCGCAUUUUAAGGUUAAGGAGUAUUGUCCAUUAGUAUUUCGAAAUUUGAGAGAACGCUUUGGCGUUGAUGACUUGGACUACCGUGAGUCACUGACUCGCAGCCAGCCAGUGAGCAUUGGUAACUCGGGGAAAUCGGGGGCACAGUUUUACGAGAGCUACAACAAGUUCUUCAUCAUCAAGAGUUUGACUUCCGAGGAAAUCGAACGUAUGCAUGCAUUUCUAAAACAAUACCACCCAUAUGUGGUGGAACGUCACGGCAACACAUUGUUGCCCCAGUACUUGGGCAUGUAUCGCAUUACAGUCGAGAGUGUACAAUACUAUUUUGUGGUUAUGCGUAACGUCUUCAGUUCCAAUUUGACUAUACACAAGAAGUUCGACUUGAAGGGCAGUACAGUGGACCGCGAGGCUUCCGAAAAGGAAUUGGAGAAACAAUUGCCGACAUUCAAAGAUAAUGACUUCAUCAAGCAAAAGGUACGUAUUGAGAUUGGCGAGGAGGCCAAAAAGAAGAUAAUGGAUGUGCUCACCAACGAUGUGGAGCUGCUAACCAAACUGCACAUUAUGGACUAUUCAUUGCUGGUGGGCCUGCAUGACUGCGUACGGGCCGAGGAGGAGGAAUUACAGGGUGGUAACCCUCAAAGCGCCACCGGGCGCAGCGAAAACAGCGAGAGCGAGGAGUGUGACAGCGGAGAGCGAUGGACCUAUAACACACCUCCAGACUCGCCACGAUGCGCCCAGUAUAAGGAGGUCGUUUACGAGGUCGACAAAUAUGCAAUUCCCAGUAUUGAGGAGAGACGUGAGAUUUACUUCAUUGCCAUCAUCGAUGUACUAACUCAGUAUGGUGUUAAGAAGCAGGCAGCCAAGGCUGCAAAAACCGUAAAGUAUGGCAGCAAUGUUGAUGGUAUUUCAACAUGCGAUCCCGAACAAUAUGCCAAAAGAUUUCUGGAAUUUAUGGAUAAGGCCAUUGAAUAAACAACAAAAAGAAACAUUAAACGUAAAAGUAAAAAAUAAUAAUAAUUACUACUCUUAUUUACUGUAUUUAUAACUUUAACGACACAACUCACAAAAAUAUUAUAAACAUAUGAUGAGUAAAACAAACAUAUUUAAUAAUUAAAUAAUAACCCCUUAAUAUUUGGGUAAUCUUCA